CAAAGUGCUUCAGGUUUAUGAAUUCCACCAGGAUGCUGUUCUUGCGACUUACAGUGUGAUAAUUGGAGUGGAAAUAUUCUGUGGCAACAAAAAUGAAGCAACACAGCAGCAGUUAGUUGGAACGUGUUUCAACCGGACGUGUCGGAUCGGAAAAGUGUUGAUGAGCCCGUUUGGUCCAAACUGGGAAGCUAAAUUUAAUCCACGGUCGGAAGUUGACUGGAAGAGCGGCAAAAAAUAUCAGCGCAUAUUCGCGGUGCUGUGAAGAAGAUAACGUAGGGAAAGUUGGCUGGAAAAGCAGACCAACAUGAACACGUCACUCAACAUUAGCCUAUCGUCGGCGGUGCUGCUAGCGGUGGUAUUCUGGUUCAAUCUUGUGAGAGAUGUAUCAACGUACCAGCCGGAUUUCGCAGAGCCAAUAAUCAACAUAUCGGUGGCCAUCGGACGGGAUGCGACAUUCACCUGUCACGUACGGCACCUGGGAGGUUACCGGAUCGGCUGGGUGAAGGCGAACACCAAGGCGAUACAGGCAAUCCACGAGCAAGUCAUCACCCACAAUUCUCGGGUGACGGUGUCGCACGCGGACCUAAAUACCUGGAAUUUGCACAUCAAAUCCGUGAUGGAAGAGGACCGGGGCGGAUACAUGUGCCAGCUCAACACCGAUCCGAUGAAGAGUCAGAUAGGCUACUUGGACGUGGUAAUUCCGCCGGAUUUCAUCGCGGAAGACACCUCGUCGGACGUGAUCGUUCCUGAGGGAAGUUCCGUAAAGCUCACUUGCAGAGCGAAAGGCUACCCGGAACCCGUUGUAACGUGGCGCCGUGAAGAUAGCACCGAAAUCGUUCUCAAGGAUGCAGCCGGCACCAAGCAGUUGGUGACUUCCUACCGAGGCGAGGUGCUGAAGCUGGUGAAAAUAUCACGCAGCGAGAUGGGGUCCUAUCUAUGUAUUGCAUCCAACGGUGUGCCCCCGUCGGUGUCCAAGAGAAUAUCGCUGAGUAUUCACUUUCAUCCGGUCAUCCAAGUGCCAAAUCAGCUGGUCGGCGCGCCUCUCGGGACGGACGUGUCCAUCGAGUGUCUGGUUGAGGCAUCCCCAAAAUCUAUCAACUACUGGGUAAAGGACACAGGAGAAAUGAUAGUGUCAUCGCCCAAGUACCAGGUCCAGGACAUUCCCAAAUCGUUAUACGAAAUCAAGAUGACCAUGACGGUGCGAACGAUCCAGAAGGAGGACAUGGGGUCCUAUCGGUGUAUUGCAAAGAACUCGCUCGGCGAGGUAGACAGCAGCAUACGAUUGUAUGAAAUCCCGCAACCGAAUCGCAAGUUCUACGUGCCCAAGCACGGAACAGAUCAGAACGAUAUCGUGAAGCCCGGUGGCGGUGGUGGCGAUAAAUCUAGCAAACCGAAACUGUCCUAUCCCCCGGACGAUGAGGAACAGCAGUACGGUGGUUCGGCGGAAGAUUUUGAGGAGAUUAUCGACUCGACGCAGCACCAUCAGCAUCACCAUCAUCAUCAGCAGCAGCAGCAGCAGCAUGGGGGCAAGCCGACGGCCCGGUCUCCGUUUGGGUCGCUGGACCAUCCGAACAGUAUCAACGGUCGAACCAGCAGCGGCAGCAACAACAACAACAACAACGGGGCCAGCAGUAAUGGUAACAAUAAAAAUCUGAUAGCUUUGAUGAAUGACAUCGGCACGAGAAAACCGUUCGUCAUUCCAUCGGUGCGAGGGGCCGACGGCAGUCUGGAGGGAAGUAACGCAGCAGGUCGAGCCACUGCAGAGUUGGCUCUUUGGCGAUUGGUGGUCGUUCUUCUGGGAACCAGUUGGUCCGCGAUUUAUCGCCAACGGCAUUAGCUGUUGACUGAAUGCGGCGCGACAGGACGACGACCGACGGUGCACACAUACACAAGGUUCAUAAUUGUGUAAUGGUAGGCUCUUAGACACUAAUUCUCUACAUUUAGGUGCAACAGGGGACAAAAUCUGCUCUAAAAUUUAGAACAAUGCGGAACACGAGUGCGAAGUUCUUUUUUGUUAUCACAAACAUAUACCUAUAUAAAUAUAGCAACAGGAUAUUAGAGUAUAAAGUAUAUCUUCAGGGGAUACGCAGACUGGGAUGCACGAGGGAAAAUACUGUAUAUUGGAUGUAAAUUGCAAAGAUAAAUAUGUGGAUCGUACGAUAAGAUAUGGACUUCUAUGGAAAUGGUAGACAAAUGGCCAAAAGUUAGUUCACCUGUUUCUUUGAUAACGGUAAGGCAUAG